UGUUGUAAAAGUAUAAGAGCUAAAUGUUGCACGGCAGCCCAAAAGUACACACACACACACACACACACACACUUUUUGAUGAAUGAAGAGAUAAAAUGGAGUCUACUGAACCCAGUUGAGGACAUUUAUGACAUUAACAUUCUGGGGAUGUCAGAUGAGACCUGAUGGAUCAAUUGUGAAACUGAUUAUAAUAACUUGAUUAUAAUAACUCUCUCAGCCUCUGUUAUCUUGGUCAUCAGGUACUACAAACGACACACCAAUACAAUACUAACUCUUGCUUGGACAAGCCUGCGCCGAGACGCAACUCGUCAGCCCUCCCUCGCGCGGACGCGCCGCCGGGAGCGCGCACCCUCAGAGCAGGUGGUGACUCUCCUCCUCCUCCUAUUCCUCCUCCUCCUCCUCAUAAGAGGCAGGAGACGGUCCGGAUGCUCGGCACAUCCCGGGGUGCACGGAGAGCGGACUACGGAGCUGCUGCCGCUGUCAGCCUGCAGCCAUAUGACUGAGCUGCUGUUCAAACCACACACAACAACAACAACAACAACAACAACAACACAAGGGGAACUACAACAACCAACAAAACAAAAGCAGACGGCAGGUGGCGCUGUGCUGGACAGACAAUGGCUCUCUCCUGGAGCCUCCUCCUGGCCUUCUUGUUUGCCGCCCUGACGUUGUCUCACGGCGCUGAGCCCGGAGCUCCUCACGGCAAGAGGAGGCAGGCGGGUGGCGGCAACGCCCUGCAGCACCCUCUGCAAGGGCUGCAGGGCCACCGCUACAGCAGGGGCCGCGGGGGCCAGGGGGGCCAGGGGGCCCGCGCCGGACUGCUGUCCCACAGGCCCCUGCACCCCCUCGCCAGGCCCGAGGACGACGGGACGGGCCUGGAGAGCUUGGGCCCGGUGAGACUGGAGACGGGCCCGGGCAGGGACAGAGACAGAGUUCGAAUGAGCAUGAAGAGUCCGUCCCAGACCCGGGAAAACCAGCUCCUGGGGACCCGCAAGGGACGGGGACACGGACACCGGAACGGACACGGACACGGACACGGACACCAUUUUGAGCAGAGGAGACAGGGGAGUCGGCGCGACAAGGAGCGGCACAGAAAAGGGUUCCUUCCAGAGCCGGAGCUCAUCUCUGCGUUUAAGGACAGAGAUUUGUUCGAGGAUCCUCCCUCCUCCUCCUCCUCCUCCUCCUCCUCCUCCUCCUCCUCCUCCGCCGCCUCCCCCUCCCUCAGCAUGACCCCGCCCGAUGACACCCCCUCCCCCAUCGCCGCCGUCUUCGGCUCCGGCUCCUCCAUGGUUACCACGGUGAUGAACGAGCAUCCCCCGACGCUGCCCCCGGCCUCCACCAAACCCCAGAGGUCCGGAAGAGGAAAAGGACAAGGAGAGGUGAUGCCAACGCUGGACAUGGCGCUUUUUGACUGGACAGACUACGAGGACAUGAAACCCGUGGACUCCUGGCCGUCCUCCAGGAAGAAAGACAAGAGGCGGAGUAAGAACCUCAGCAGUGGAAACGUGACGGUCGACGCCGACGCCAUCGAGCCAUGUGACCACCACCUGGACUGCCUCCCAGGUUCUUGCUGCGACUUGAGACAACACGAGUGUCAACCUCACAACAGAGGCCUCAACAACAAAUGCUACGACGACUGCAUGUGCGAGGAAGGGUUUCGCUGUUACGCCAAAUUCCACCGUAAGCGGCGAGUGACCAGGCGGAGGGGCCGCUGCGUGGUGCCAGAGUCCGUCAGCGACGACCAAGGAGGCUUCAUCACUAUCUGAGGAGGAGGAGGAGGAGGAGGAGGAGGAGGAGCAGCGUCUCCACGACGUCUCCGACGUGAAAUCACAUGACACCGCUACCACGACGACGCUCGGUGCUGAAAGGUGCUGGUUUUUGUCAACUGCAUCCCGCAAUGUAAAACAUCUAAAUAUCAGUUAAAGCAAAAAAAAAUAUCUCAAUUGGAAUUACUGUUUUGACUGUUGCAUUGUGGGAUGAGCCACACACAUAAUUCGGUUGUUUUCAGCGUCACAGCAGAAGCAUUUGUUGUGUUUUUUUUGGGGGGGCGUUUCCAAAACUCACUUAGUCAACUAUGACCAAUGCUUUUUUAAAUUUUUUUUAUUGGUAUAAAAGAUUCACUUGGCCAUAGUUCAUGUGUUGAUAUUCACCACAGUUAUGGUGUCUGUUGGUUUUAAUUUAACUUUAUGGUCUCCGUCCGGCCGUUCUGAGUCAAACUAUGUUUACGAAUCAUUUUUUUUAGUGUUGACGAGGGGCGUUCGUUCAGUUCACGAUCUUUUCAAAUGGAGUCGAGCGAGCCGUCGGUCUUGAUUUAAAAAAAAUAAUGACGUUGGCACCGUUCGAGUGUUUCUCGGGACGCUUGCUUUCCAAAAACAAAUGCUGGAAAUGAUUUGUAAAUGCCUUUUGAACCCAGUGUGUUGUGUUGUAAAUAAGAAUGUGUUUGAAUGGCCGACAAGGUUUUUUGUUCAAUUGACAUCACCUCUCUUCAAAUGUACUUAAAACGAUGUUUGACCUCCUUUUACACGUCUCGAUGUAUGUUUUAUUUAUACUGUACUUAAACACAGUUGUUUGUUGGUUUUCAUGAUUAAACACUUACUAGGA